AUGGAAAACAAUCCUUCUGUAUGGAAAUCCAGCUCUAAAGCACAGCUGGUUCAUUCAUUUCCAACUAGGUUCACACAAGUUUCCUUCUCGUUUGGUUCAGAGAUCGAUAUUUUGGAUGGGGGCUUCUGGUCUUCCGCUUCAAAAGAAGACAUAAAGAAAUCCCUAGCAAAAGCUUUAGAGGACGACAAAGAGACUAAUCAGUCUCUCUUUCAAUAUUCUCUUGAUCCAGACUUUUCAGACAUUGAUACGAACAUCGAUAUGCAGGAAACCUGA